CUUGGAGAUUUUGUCUCAACAACAACGUUUUUUUAUUCUCAAUAUUAUUUAUAAGUGAUCACUAUUUUAUCUUCAUCUUCCUUUUCAUCAUCAUCAUCAUCAUCAUAUUUUUCCGAACAUUUCAUAUAAGUGAACAUGAUCCAGUUUGAAUUAAAUGGAAUCGACUUUUUUUAUUCUUUCGCUUUUCCGAGUUACGCUUUUUCUUCAUCUUCUAUUACCAUUGGAUAAUAUUGGAAUUUUUUUUUCUUUUUCUUCUCUUUGGCUUAAAUAUCUUCAUUAAUCUCCCUGUGACUCUCUAAUUCUCUUUAGUGUUUAAGUUUAUUCUAAUUUACUUUCUACAUUUAAACAUCUUCCUUUUUGUUUCUGGAAUAUUAACAAACAAAACAUUUCAUCUUCUACUUGGUUUUUUUUUCUAUAGAGAAAACAAAAUUCCAUAUUCGUUUAAUGAUUUUCUCUUCAUCAUCAUUAAUAUCAUGGACUUGAUUACUUUAAUUUUCUUCACGAGUCUAGAUAAUUACCAUUGUUUAUUCCAUGUUAAUGCUGGUUUAUUAUCACUGAAGUUCAAGGCUCUCAAAAGCUAAAUCUGAUUCUUUUGAUAAGCUACCUUUGGAUUUUUUUUGUUCUUCAUCAACUUCAGUGUAAUUUUCUAUUCUACUGAUUUUUUCUCUUUAAAAAGUCAUCAACAUGAUCAUUAAUCUUUUGAUUACCAUUUGGAUACUUUUGAUACCAACCUGUUUAACAUAUCAUCAUCCUUUCAGUCAAUUUGGUGAUAAUGAUGAAAACUCAUCUCCAUCUUAUAAUAAUCAUAAUGGUGGAUUUUCAAAUGUUCAUGGAAGUAGAUCAUCACUUUAUGGAUCCUUGUCACAAUCUUCACCAUUUUCUAGAUCUAAUCAGGGUAGACUAUUGUUAGAAAGAGCUCAAUCUUCACCUUUAGCAUCAUCAGCAGUUAAAAGUAGUGAUCAUUAUAACCAUAAAUGGAGACCUAAAAGUUACAUUUGCAAUAAAUCUAUGCCUCUUGGCAUGCAAUCGGGUGCCAUUAAAAAUGACCAAUUAACAGCUUCAUCUACAUAUAAUGAGCAAAGUGUUGGUCCUCGAUUUGCUCGUUUUGGUAAAGAUGAAUCUGGUGGUGCUUGGUGUCCAAAAGCACAAUUGAAUCAGGACACUUCGGGUAACGAGUGGAUCCAAGUCAAUCUAACUGAUCGCUAUGUGAUUACCUCUGUUGCCACUCAAGGACGUUUCGGCAAUGGAAAUGGUCGUGAAUAUUUAGAAGAGUAUUUUAUUGAAUAUUCUCGUGAUUUUGGUGUUUCAUGGACUCGAUGGAAAACCUCAAAAGGUCAAACCCAUUUAAAGGGAAACAAUGACACUUAUUCAAAUGUAACCAACAUCUUAGAUUUACCGAUUGUAGGUGCCAACAUGAUUCGUCUUUUCCCUUUUGCGAAACAUUAUCGAACUGUUUGCCUUAGAUUUGAAUUGUUUGGUUGUCCAUACAAAGAUGGACCUUUAUCCUAUUCCAUGCCUGACGGUGCCUUUGGAGGACGUUAUGGUGAUCUAAUUGAUGAUUCAUACGAUGGAAUUCGUGAUCAACGUAAAUACCUUUCCCGUGGAUUAGGUCAAUUAGUUGAUGGGAUUAAAGCUCAUGAAGAUUAUAAAGUAAACUCGGGCUACGAGUGGAUAGGCUGGGAGGCUGGCAAUGAGACUGUUGAAAUUGUCUUCGAAUUUGGUGAACUUCGUAACUUUAGUUCGGUAAUGUUGUUUACUCAUAAUCUUUUCAGUAAACAUAUAGAAGUUUUCAGUUCAGCUCGAAUUUAUUUCUCCUUUGAUGGUGCCCGUUGGUCAAAAAGUCCACUGACCAUGGAAUAUCAACCAGACCAUAUAACGGAAUCACCAAGAGAUGUGAUCAUUAACCUUGGUAAUAAGGUUUCAAAGUUUAUUAAGUUUUCCCUUAAAUUUGCCUCCAAACUCUUGUUAAUCAGUGAGGUUAAAUUUAAUUCAUUUCCAGUUUCUGGGGAUUACAAUCAACUGAUGGAUGAUUUGGAGAGCCUUGAGGUUACCCAAGAUCCCGUCGAACCUGAUGAUCAAGGUGGACCAUCAAUGCUCAGCAUUUUCAUCAUUAUUUUCUCUCUCAUACUAUUGGUCUCCGUUGCUAUCGGUAGUUUCAUCUUAUAUCGUCGUUAUUUUCAUGGUCGCAAUAAAACUGAUCACUUUUUAACUAUUGGAACAAAUUAUCUUGAUUCGAUUGGUGAUCCAUGUAAAGGAGCAACAACACCAGUUUAUUGUGAUCCCGAUGAAAUUAAUAAUUAUCAUAGAGGGGGAGGAGGUAAUCAUCAUCCUCAUCAUUUACUCCUUCAACAGCAACAAUUAACAACUCUUUUACAUCAACAAAAUCAUCAACAAUUACGAUAUGAUCAUGAAUAUGCUGUGCCCGAUGUAUGUAACUAUCCAAAUGGAAACUCAAGUGUUAACAAUAAGACAACAAAACAUUUAAUUUCUAACCCAUUAUCUAAUCUGGAUAAGUUUGUGAAAGAAACAAAUUAUGUCAAUUAUAGUAAACAUAAUAAUGUUAUAAUUGGUGAUAAUAAUUCAUGUGAUUACAAUGAUUUAAAACCAUUAGCAGAUAAAAGUGACCAUGAACCAACCUUAAUAAAGGUUAACAGUGGAACAACUUUAAUCAACGGACUUGCCAAUUCGACAAGUGUCAAUAAUAGUGUUGUAUUACCACCCCCACCACCUUCAAAUCAGAUUACAACUGAUGCUGAUGAUGAAGAUGAAGACGACGACGAUGAUCAAGAUGUUGAUCAUCCUUCAAACGUUAUUAAUCCUUUAAUUGACGUUAAUCAUAUGUAUUUGCUCAAACAAAAUAAUCACCAUCAUCAACCUUCACCAAAUCACCAUCAGCACCAUCAUCAGUUAUCAUCAUCAAACUCAUCAUCACCCAAUAAUUUGACUACAUCAACAACAACAAAUUCACCCUCUUCUCCUUCACCCAAAUAUGGUACAAUAACCACAGCAACUCAACGGUUUUUGACCUCAUCAAAUGUAAAUAAACAGCGCCAAGGAUAUAGAGCAGUAGCCAUGUCAUCAACCGGACGUCGUGGAGAUCGACGAUGAUGGAACUAUUUAUUAUCGUCAUUUACCAUUUAAGGAAUUAUAUUGAUGAUAAUUAAUCUUGAGAAAAAAAAACGAAAGAAACUAUUAAGUAACAAGGAAGGAGGAUGAUGAUGAUAGGGGAGUGAGAAGAAGACAAAAAAAACAAGCGAUGAUGAUAAUAUGCGAGUGAGAUUGGUGAUGCAAGAAGAAGAUGAUGAAGAAGUAGUAGUAAGAUGAUAACCAGAAAAUUGGCCUUAAAAAUAGAGUAUAUAUCACAACAAUUGAUGAUGAUUAUUUGAAACUCAAUUAAUCAAGGCUUAUCAUAUUUCGCCAAAGGAUGAUGACCUUUUUCACUCUCACUCUGUCUUUUCUUUCAUCAUCAUCUUUGUUAAACUACUUCAUCAUUUUCACUUUUUUUUUUGCUGUUUCUCAUCUUUCUCUCAUUCUCUCCAUCAAUUCAGUGUCUUCCUUUCUGAUAUUUGUCUCUUAUCUUUUUCUCAAUAUUUUUCAAUCUUCUUUCAUAUUUCCGAUCUUUACACUGUCUCUUUCUCUGUUUCUUUCUUCCUCUUCUCGAUCAUCAUCUUUUAUCAUCCUUGACCUGAUCCUUACACCCGCCUUGUAAGAUAGUAUAUAUUGUGUAUAUAUUUGUGUAAUAUCGAUGAAAAAAAGUGAUGAUUUACUUGAGUGUUGAUCGAAAUCAAAUUGAUCUCACAUAUGUUUGUAUAUAAUAUAAACAACAACAAAUGAUUAUGAUGAAAUAUAUCAUAACAUCACUGAUGAAGUCCCUUUAAAAAAAAGAUAACAUCAUCAUUAUCAUCAUCAUGAUAAUUUGUUCUCAUAUCCUCCCACCUUGACUUGAUCCUAAAUGAUGUAAAACAUUAACUGGUGACCACUGCCAAUUUCCGCCCGCCAUCAAUUCAGCUGAUUUCGGACAUAAUCAUCAUCAUCAACAACAAACAUCAACCCAGAGAGCGCCUUUGAUAAAAGGUAGAAAUGAUGAAAAUCUCAUCAGUAAAACAGAUCAACCAAAAAACAAAACGAUUUUGAUUAAUCUAAAUUUUGUUAAAACGCUACAAUUAGUGUGAUUAUAUUAACAAUUUAGUCAAAUGAUGAAAAAAGACUCACGAAUAACAAACGCCAAUGAUUUAAAUGAAGAUGACAAGUUUUCAAAAAGAGGAAGAUAUCGAGUCAUAAUUAAAGGGAGACAAUUAAUACAAACAAUUAAUAUUAAUGAACAUAUUGUAAUUUAUAACAACAAAUUGAUGCUAAUAAUUAAAUUGAAAAUUUUUUAUAUUUUUUUCAAAAUAAAACAAUCAACAAACAAUUCACACGAAAA